AUGUACUCAAAUAAACGAGUGAACAACCACGGGCGCUCUCAAGAGGUCUCAGGGAAUAAGCGACAAAAGAUUAAUAGCAAUGAAUAUUCUAAACGUUAUCGAGACAAAAAGAAACAAGAGUUUCUUGAUUUACAAAAAAAGAAUGAAUUACUUGGCGAAAAAAAUCAGGAAUUAAAUAUAGAAAUUAUUUCACUGCAUGUUAAAAUGAAGAACUUGGAAAAAGUAAUUUAUACUAUUAUUUCGUUAUAUAAUCAAUCAAAUCAAAGUAUUGAUUUUUCGUCGCUUGAUCCACCUUAUCCAGCUUUUACUAUUAAUGAGAACACACGUCCUUCGCUUGAUGAAAAUAUAAAUACACCUUUUAUACUUCCAUUAGCUUUAGCUUCUCCACCAAAUCAAGAGUUUAAUAUUUUGUCACCUAUUAAUGAAGACACACCUCUUUCGCUUAAUCAAAAUCUAAAUACAUACUUUAUAACUCCAUUAUCUUCUAUUUCUCUACCGAAUCAAGAGAUUAAUGCAGCUUUUAUUAUUGAUGAUAACACGCCUCUUUCUCUUGAUCAAAAUCUAAAUAAUUCAUUUUUCAAUACUUCAGAUUCAAAUAACUUUUUUUACAACUCCCUCACUUAA